AUUAUUGAAACAAACACUUUUUCGCGUCUCUUCUUUGUGGCUUUUGCAAGCGACUGAUUUUAGGAAAAUUGAAUAUUUUAACUUUCCAAGUAAAUACAAUAAGAAUCUCUAGAUCUAAUCAGACUCGAAGUAAAUACAUUAUUAGUUUGGAUUGUGUCGAUUGAGCCAACCCUGAGAAAGACUUGCUAAUAUAACAUCACUUGAUUACAAUACACAGAAAUCAGAAGACUACAAUAGACUUGGCUUCUUUUAUUCAAGUGAUGUUAUGGUCUUAGUUAUGGCCGUCCAGCAGCUACUUCACAAUCUUGAAGCUUUUCAGCCUUCCAUUACAAUCCGUAUUAGAAGAACUCCAGUUAGAAAAGAGCCCAUAGUUUUUCCAAAAGGCUCCUAAUACUAUUCGCUCAAGCAUGCAUGCAUGUUUUAGGGCAUUCAUAACAAACUGGAUUUCAUACCACGUUCCACUACAGCCUAACUGUUCAAUUACUUUGAGCUUCACUAUUGAGAAAAUAAAGUUUUAUUUUAUUAUUUGGACAUGUUAAAAUUUUGUUUCGUUCUCACUGUAAAUAUUAAAAUAAAAGCAAAUAUUUUUUUUCUUCUAAUUUUACAUCCUUAUUUUAUUCAUGAGAAUUGUCAUGAUUCAUAAGAGUUUUAGUACGGAAUUGGAGCCACGUGUCUCAAUUAUAAACUUAUACAAUCAUAAACCCUUUCUGUCAUCGCUUCCGCUGCCAUUGAAAGAAGCUGUUGAAUCGCGUCGAAUAAGGUUCUGAAAUUUUUAAGCUUUCAUCUCAGACAGGGUGUAAUAAGAAAUGAUAGAUAUAAGUACUCUCAAUGCUGCACAGAUUACUGUGCUGGGAUCCGCGUUUUGUGUUAUGCUUUCCAUGCAUUUCACGACGCAGUUAAUGUCUCAGCAUCUCUUCUAUUGGAAGAAUCCGAAAGAGCAAAAGGCUAUUAUCAUUAUCAUCCUUAUGGCUCCUAUCUAUGCAGCUGUCUCCUUUGUGGGUCUCUUGGAUAUCAGAGGAAGCAAGGAGUUUUUCACCUUUUUAGAGUCAGUUAAAGAAUGUUACGAAGCUUUGGUCAUUGCCAAGUUUCUGGCUUUGAUGUAUAGUUACCUGAACAUAUCCAUUAGUAGAAACAUUGUGCCCGAUGAAAUUAAAGGCAGGGAAAUUCACCACUCUUUUCCAAUGACACUCUUUCAGCCUUGUACUGUUCGCCUGAACCACCAUAAUUUGAAGCUUCUAAAAUAUUGGACAUGGCAGUUUGUUGUUGUCCGUCCAGUAUGUUCCUUUCUGAUGAUUGCAUUACAGCUACUCGGGCUGUAUCCAACUUGGUUGAGCUGGGCAUUCACCAUUGUUCUCAACACAUCUGUGUCGUUAGCCUUGUAUUCUCUGGUGGUCUUUUACCAUGUGUUUGCUAAAGAACUGGCACCACACAAGCCUCUAGCGAAAUUCUUGUGCAUCAAAGGAAUUGUUUUCUUCUGCUUUUGGCAGGGAAUGUUGCUGGACCUUUUAGCGGCAAUUGGUGUCAUUCAAUCUCGUCAUUUGCGGUUAGAUGUGGAGCACAUUGAGGAAGCAAUGCAGAAUAUUUUGGUAUGUCUAGAGAUGGUUAUCUUUUCUGUUCUUCAACAGUAUGCUUAUCAUCCUGCACCAUAUAGUGGAGAAGUUGAGAAAAUGCUUAAACAAAACAAGAAAAAUGAAUGAUAUGAUAAGGUCAAAAGAAAAAAAUCAGGGUACAGAGAUGUAUUCAAGAGCUGUUUAUUGUGGCGCUAGAAAUACAUGAAAACACUGAUGCAAAGUGGAUGUGUUAUUUUUAUAAUGUUAUUGUACUCGUACAAGGUUGCCCAUCCACCACCUCUGUAACGUUUCCUUUUUGGUUGAUGUUAAAAGAGAUUAGUCUUUAUUAUUAUUAUUAUUUGCUAUCAAGUAUCUAGUAUCUAGCGUAAGGCCAUUUGCUUGGGAUGAUAGUUGUUUCUGGUUACUGUCUCGGAUACUUUUAUGGUUUGAAUCAAGGGAAUAACUGAUCAAUAUACAUAAACUCAAACUUGAAUUC